UAUUCUCUAUUUCAUUGUUGAAUAAAAUUUCGUGUAUUAUGCACCAUUGAAAUUACACAGAAGUUUUUUUUUCUAGUAUUUUUUUAUGAUUGUUUUAACGGCAACAAAAUUCAAACUUACUACAUUUUUGGUAUUAAAUUAUUUGUGAAAUAUUUACGAUGAGGGAAAUCGUGCACAUCCAGGCUGGACAAUGUGGCAACCAAAUUGGAGCCAAGUUCUGGGAGGUGAUUUCUGAUGAACACGGCAUCGACCCCACCGGCGCCUAUCAAGGUGACUCUGAUCUUCAGCUCGAACGCAUCAAUGUUUAUUAUAACGAGGCCUCCGGUGGUAAAUAUGUACCCCGAGCCGUGCUCGUCGACCUCGAACCCGGCACAAUGGACUCCGUGCGCUCUGGACCUUUUGGACAAAUCUUCCGGCCUGACAAUUUCGUAUUUGGUCAAUCCGGAGCAGGCAACAACUGGGCUAAAGGCCACUACACCGAAGGCGCAGAAUUGGUGGAUUCAGUUCUCGAUGUAGUUCGAAAAGAAGCAGAAGGUUGUGACUGCUUGCAAGGCUUCCAAUUGACUCAUUCGCUUGGUGGCGGAACUGGAUCUGGUAUGGGAACGUUGUUAAUCUCGAAGAUUAGAGAGGAAUACCCAGACCGCAUAAUGAAUACCUUCUCAGUAGUUCCCAGUCCAAAGGUAUCCGAUACUGUAGUAGAACCGUACAACGCCACUUUAUCAGUACACCAAUUGGUAGAAAAUACGGAUGAAACGUAUUGCAUAGAUAAUGAAGCUUUGUACGACAUAUGCUUCAGAACACUCAAGUUGACGACGCCGACAUACGGAGACUUGAAUCAUUUGGUAUCUGCCACGAUGUCGGGCGUCACGACGUGUCUACGAUUUCCAGGGCAGCUGAACGCGGAUUUGCGUAAGCUAGCCGUUAAUAUGGUCCCAUUCCCGCGGCUACACUUUUUUAUGCCUGGCUUCGCGCCGCUUACUUCUCGCGGUAGCCAACAGUACCGCGCGCUGUCCGUACCAGAGCUCACGCAGCAGAUGUUCGAUGCUAAAAACAUGAUGGCGGCCUGCGACCCGCGUCACGGACGAUACCUCACAGUAGCCGCUGUCUUCCGUGGACGGAUGUCCAUGAAGGAAGUGGACGAGCAAAUGCUAAACAUCCAAAAUAAGAACAGCAGCUACUUUGUCGAAUGGAUCCCGAAUAACGUCAAAACAGCUGUUUGCGAUAUACCGCCUCGUGGACUCAAGAUGUCCGCAACCUUUAUUGGAAACACGACAGCUAUUCAAGAACUGUUUAAGAGGAUAUCCGAACAGUUUACAGCUAUGUUUAGAAGGAAAGCUUUCCUGCACUGGUAUACUGGUGAAGGUAUGGAUGAAAUGGAGUUCACGGAGGCAGAGAGCAAUAUGAAUGAUCUGGUGUCGGAGUACCAGCAGUACCAAGAGGCCACGGCUGAUGACGAGGGGGAGUUUGAUGAGGAAGUGGAAGAAGAAUGAUUGUCUUCGUGUUUUGUCCAAUGUAUUGUUUCUGUCAUAGUGUUAAGUCGUAAAUGUAACCAUGUUUUUGUGUACACUGUUUGGAAUAAACUAUUUUAUAAUUUCAAA